AUGACUGUGUUGAAUUUCGUUCUGUGUUUAUCGCUGUUGUGCGGUUUGUGUGUAGCAGGCAUUCCAGCAACCACCGAACCAUUGCCAUUGCCACCAUCUGGAUUUGGUGGCUUUGGCGGUUUCAGUCCACUUAGCGAGAAAGCCCUUGCGGAUUUACAUCCAAACGUCACAGAAUCAUUCAAACAAUUGGGCAAAAAACACGAUGACUUCGAUUUGAUUGCAAAACGCAUCUUGAGCGGCAAGAGUCAAGUUGUAGCUGGCACACGAUAUGUGCUCACCGUUGAAGCCACAAAUCUAAAGGGCGAAGUGAAAACAUGCGAAGCUGAUAUUUGGGAAAAGACCUGGGAAAACUUUUUCCUAGUAAAAUUGAAGUGCCAAGAAAAGGACUAUGAAAUACGAAUAAACUUUGAAGAUCGUGUGAAUUAA